AUGUCGUGGUGGCUAUCGUUUUGGCUAAUUGCCAUGAUCAUAUCAGAGUCUCAGGAAUGCCUGAAAUGCAGCCCAGAGGCCAUGCAAGUUCUGAAUGAACUCAAAGGCCCCUACCUGGACAGCAAGCUCCGUGGAGAACCUGAACUCAGAACAAAACUACAGCAGCUCCUGGAGACUAAUGUUGAGGGGCUAUCGUGGCAUCAACCACAAGAAGGCAAAUACAUGGGCAAUAUUGAUGAGAUCACGCUACAACAACUCGCAAGUCACUUCAAACGCUCCAUGAACCGGAUAAUGGAAAACCAGUUUGACGAUGGGCAACUUUUCAAUGAGAUCACGUGGAGCCUCCAGAAUCUUCAUGUUACUUUUGAAAAACUACUGACAGGUUUCCAGAAGGUCUUUUGCAGCAAUGAAUGUGGUUACAUGCGUUAUUUGUUUAUCAGCUGCUACACAUGCAAAACGAAUACAUACUCGUGCACAAAGAAGUUCCACUGCGGAGAAAGGAAGAUCAAAGUGGAAACAGAUGAUGAUUUGAUUCUGGAUUGUGCGUUGAGGUGGCACAAGUACAGCUAUGGUGUGAAGACAUACGCCUUUUAUCGAGUGGUAGAUGGCAAAGAGCAGAAGAUGACUACGACUAUGGAUUCCUUCUUGGUGAAGAAGGAGGCAAAUGCGAAUGACACAGGUAGAUACCGUUGCAAAAUGUUUGGUUCCAGUGGAUAUAGUAGCAGUCAGCUUGACUUCCAAGUCACAGUGGUGCCGUCAGUUGGGAAGACCACCUGGUUCCCACGACCACAAUCCACUCUGGAAGUUCCCCUUACUAUGGGUGUCUCCUCCAGGGCUCCACCUCCCCAACCAGACUGGACUGUUUGGAUAGUGAUCGGAACCACAGGAGGGCUACUGUUCAUCAUUGUUGCUGCUUUUGUAUUCUAUUAUCGUCACCAGAAUGAAAAGGAGGCAGGAGAAUCAAGUGACGAUGACGAUGACGACGAUGACGAUGAAGAAGACAAUGAUGAAAGUGAGUCAUCAGAGUAG